AUUCCAACGGACGCCCCUUCCACACAAGGUUUCUCUUCACCAAAAUAUCCCCGAGAGCUUCACUUGUGUAGACUCAUCUGAUGGUUGACGGAAACCUGGAUCAGCAUCCAGAAGAGUCGAGUGCUUCGUAGGUGUUUUCUUUUGUGCAGCAUUAUCUAUUUCCUGCAUCCUGUUCGGGCAUAUCGCGUUUUUUCUGCAAAUCUCUCAACGCUUGCCAUCUCCUUAGCCAUUUUCCUCUGCCUUCAACACCCCGAGAGGCCCUUCUGCGGAUCAGGGUACGUUUAAGUACUGCAAGUAUGCCUUUCCAACACCCGGAUAACCAAUACCGUGGAGAAAUGCACAUGGAUCGCUUGGUCCAUGGAGACCUCGACCAGAACAGUCACAACAUGAUAUCGUCUCAAUUGAGCAGCAGCUUCAUCCCUGUCAAUCUCAACGGACAACUGGAAUUCAAGCCGCUAGGCACCCAGGAACAGCCCAGUUCCAGCCCUCGUGUCAGUACAGACUGUUUUAAUGACGGUACUGGAAUCCCUGCAUUUACAAACGAUGGCCGGCGUACAACUCUUAAGAGAGCAGCAUCUUCUGGUGGUGACCGAGGUGUACACAACCGUGGAUUUUGUCUGCCCGCAACCCCUUCCUCCAGUCCCUUCCGAACUCUCAAGGUCACCAAGUAUAGCGUGAAGACUCACAAAUCUUCUGGUUUCGGUACAAACCAUUACAUAGCGCAGGCAACAAUGCAAGAUAACUGCGCCAGCCCGGAGUUGUCGCUACAAUCAACAACGAUGGACUGCCUCACUCCUUAUCCGUCUUACCAAGCCGGGGAUGGUCAAACGAAAGCUAAUGAGGAUGCAAAUCGCGACUUCAUUCCCAAGAAUAUACAGCACCCAGGAGGACAUCUGCUUGACAACUAUUCGACUACAUCUUCAAUCAAUAUCGUCGAUGCUUCACAGAGAGACAUUGAUCUCCCACAUCUUCCCGUUACCAAGGGACCGCACUCUGGCACUGAAGCACACACCACCCUAGAUCAAGCUAAGGCCGAAGGCUCCGACCACCCUCUGCUUUCGUCUGAAACACUGCUUGAACCAGCCACCGACGACACUGGUUUGCCAGACGACUAUCCAAUAGAUGAGUUUGAGGAAGAAGACAUGAUUCGAUUGCUUGAGGAUACAUCAGCCGCUGUCGAGAAUCAUAUGCCGCCUGCCAGUGUGCAGCAAGGAUGGGACAGGGACUCUAGAUCGGCAGAUGAGUAUGACCCAAACCUACAAUUCUCGUCCCGGAGUAAUUCGUCAGAGAUAGAGACUAUGGUAACUUCAAGCGAAAUCCCCGCGGCUGAAAAGUGCGAGGAUGAUCUUCUAGAUGAAGAAGUCGACUGGGGCACAGUAUACGCAAUAACAAGCAGUAUUCCCAAAGACCCAUCUCUCGUUGGAUCCCGUGAGGGGGAGACGACCGAGCCACUUCCUCGAGCUGAAGCGCAGCCUGCAGAGCAUCUCCAGCAGUCCAUACAGCCAGAAAAUUCCGGUCCGUUGUCUCCGUUUGCGCGACCCCCCUUCCCAGAGCGAGUACGCGAUAGAUCCUCAGUCCCUGGAAUGUCCUCGAAUACCGUGCUCCGCACAUGCUUCCGCAUCGGCGAGAUGAUCAGCCAGAGCGCACGGUGCUUCAAUCAUCAGCAGGAAGUGGUUGUUGAGCUAUACGCCAGAGUAACGUACUCGAGCCGCGAGAGCCUUGCUAGAAAGCAGCACUUCCAAUUCGUUGAUCUCUUCAAAGACAGGCAACCCUACCCGUCCGGCACUCUCUCAGGCUGGAGAAUGAACUCUCUGUUGGACCGGCAGAGUCAAGCAUUCAUCAACAUAGGUGGUCCAAAGUUGUGCUGGUGCUUGUGUAAACCUAAGAGAGACACGAAGGCUGCGGUUGGCUGGGCCUUCGAGGUUUUGGGUAUCAGAGAAACCGACUGGGCGCAGAUUCGAUUUGCCAAGGCAAUUGUUUAUGGCGCACUGAGCGAAGACAUGGGAACACCCGCGGCGACCGCUAAACUGUGAGUGGAAGUGCGAAAUGUUGGGCGGAGCCUAUCGUUCUAUAAGAGAUGGAUUCGAAGCGGGGGGUUCUAGGGGUGCUAAUCAGAAUCUCGAGAAAUAUUUUGCUUCCUAGUUAUCAGAAGCUGGGGGGGUAUUGGGAACAUACAUUGUCGGGCUUGCCUUGGCUGAGAUUUGGCUCAAACAUCACGCAAUAGGUUUUGGCUUCAUCUUGCUCAAACACAGGUCUUGGCUCGGGUUUAGUAAAUAUACUACACAUGAGGGUACGUAUACAUCAACUGCUGAUCACACAGAGAAUGGGGCCUAUGUUCACAAAGAUGGACCGCUUGCAGGUUUCAGAAUUU